CAUCUCUCCAAACAGGAAAAAAGGAAGAGUCUUUCUUCUCUCUUUUGGUCUCUCUCCCCCUUCUCCAGGGAUCUACUCUCUCUAUCUCUCUCCGUAAGAAGAUUCCAACUUCAAAGAUCCAAACUUUACUUCGAGAAGUCUUCAUCUAUCACUGUCAAAGUCUUUACCUUUAGUCAAUCAAUCAUCCAUGGCUGAUCCGCAAACCCUAGAUUCCUCUACUCACUCCGAUGAUCUCUCUCGCUCCAACUCUACUUCCUCAUCUUCAGAUCCGUCGCUCUUGAGGUCUCUCUCCUCGAGUAGACUCAACGCCGGAGCUCCCGAGUUCGUACCUGGUCGAACAACUCCUCCUCUGCCGCAGCAGCCUCCUCGGAUGAUUAUCCCUCCUCCUCCACCACACGGUAUGCUUCAUAUGUACCACCAUCAUCACCAGCGUCCGUUCAACGUUCCGGUUCUCGGUCCUGUUCCAAUCCAGCAUCCUCACCACCAUCGCUUCCAUCAUCAUAACCGUCAGCACUAUGCCCCGGUGAGGAACAACCAGGAACAACAGGAUUCUUCGGUUGUGAAGAAGAGUGAUCGGAGAGGAGAUCAUCAGCAUAAGAGAGAGGCUAAGAACGAUCAGACGACUGAAGCUGCUGGAGCUUCUGUUUCUAUCGAUCCCAAAACUGGUUUGCCUGAGGAUACAGUUCAGAAGAUUGUCAAUCAGGUUGAAUACUACUUCAGUGAUUUGAACUUGGCUACCACAGAUCAUCUGAUGAGAUUCAUCAGCAAGGAUCCUGAAGGAUACGUACCAAUACAUGUGGUUGCAUCUUUCAAGAAAAUUAAAGCUGUGGUUAGUGGUAAUUCUCAGCUUGCCACAGUGUUACAGAACUCAGCAAAGCUUGUUGUUAGUGAGGAUGGAAAGAAAGUGAGACGCAUAAAUCCAGUUACCGAGGCUGCUCUAGAAGAACUCCAGUCUCGUAUAGUUAUUGCUGAGAAUCUACCUGAGGACCAUUGCUACCAAAAUCUUAUGAAGAUCUUCUCAACUGUUGGAAGCGUGAAGAACAUCCGUACAUGCCAGCCACAGAAUACUGGGAAUGCUGUCCCACCACCAGCAAGAUCAGCCAAAAGCGAUGGUACGCUUCUCAGUAACAAGCUCCAUGCUUUUGUGGAGUAUGAGUCGGUUGAGCUAGCCGAGAAAGCAGUUGCGGAACUAAAUGAAGUAGGGAACUGGAGGAGCAGUCUUAAGGUCCGGUUGAUGUUUAAACCUCAGACGAAUGAACCAAAACAGGGUCAAGGGCGAGGAAAGAAAGGACAUGAUGCAGAAGUAGAACAUGAAGAAGAUGAUGCCAAGACAUCCGAGCAGCCGAAUGAGAAACAGUCUGAAGAGUGUUCUGGGGAGUGGGAUAUGCAUGUGCCAGAGCAGGCAGUGAUAGGAGAGGAGCAAGCGACUGAGAAAGCGGUUGGGCAGCAGAGAAAAGGGCGUAGCAGAGGUAGGGGAAAGGGACGAGGACGAGGUCAACCACACCAGAACCAAAACCAGAACCACAAUGGGCGUGGGAAUCAUCAUCACCAACACCAACAUCAAGUGGGAACACCACCUAACAAUCAUCAAAUGAACAGCAUGGAGCAGCAGCCAAAACAGCAGCCACCGGGACCAAGGAUGCCUGAUGGGACCAGAGGAUUCUCGAUGGGAAGAGGAAAGCCAAUCACGGUUCAGGCAGACUGAUGGAGAGCUGUGUGAUAUUGUGAAGGGUUGGUUCCACAAGUGGGGGAGGUAAAGAAAACCAGAGAGAGAGAGAGAGAGAGUGAGAGGUUUAUAUCCGUGUCCCCAUGGGAAUGGUUUUAGUUUUGGCAGACUUUGAUAUAUUCAUCUGACUUCAAAAAAAUAACAUGUUUUUGGUUUGCUCUUA